CGCUCGGAGGGUUUGCUUUGUACAGACUCACGUUCAGCAACUUUUGACCUCGAACUAUAUCUUCCCAUUUUACCAUGACCGUCCCCGAUAUAUCCAGGUUGACGCUUGGUAGCCGGAAACCCGAAUAUGCGCCACAACUGCCAGAAGAUAUUGAGGACGACACAGACAGGUAUAUGAAGAAACUGAAGCAAUAUGCGCUCUCGUUACCGUACACGAUUGAGCCAUACGCGAAGAUGCUGCAAAUGCUGGACUUCAUCUUGCUACGCAUUACACAAUGCGUGGAAGCGAAAGAUUACGAACCAGGUUUGGUCCAGUGGGAUAGCAUGCUUAGCUACUGGAGCACGUUGAAAUAUCCAAUCCCGAAGGAGAAAAGGAUACUUUUAACGAAGUUGUAUUUUGAAAUCUGCGUGACUCCAGGAAUGUCCACUCAAGUAAUUGCUAUUUGUGCGGAGGGAUUAUCAAACUUGACCCGGUCCAAGAAGAAGUUGUCCGUAGAGGACAUGCGGCUUCCGUGGAAGCCGUUUUAUGACAUCCUUAGAAAGGACUUGUUCUUGACUCGUCGGCAGUUCGAAUACAGUCAGCUGUCAUGGUACAUGGGUCAUAUUGCCGAUACAGUCCGGCGGUUUUUCCACCCUGCUGCUACCAAUGAAAUGCUCGCCACUUUCGUCCCGGGCAUCAAUGGCACAAACCUCGAUAGCAUCCUCACGUCCCAAUACUAUCUUCUAACGUUCCUUCCUUUGACACAUCCCCAAACAUAUCUUCCAAUGCUUACACGUUUGUGGGAAUCCAUCAACUCAUACAUGUUUGAUGAACGAGUGCUGGAAUUCCUGUCCACGCUCGCAGAAAUGCAUGUGGAUCCGACUAUCAGUGAUCCUGCUAAAGUAGAGAGUAUACCAGAUGAUGAACGGUCUGAGGGUGAAGAUAGACCCUGUUGGGGUCGCGAUGAUCUCUCCGCUUCGCCGAAGUGGUCUGGUUUGUACAAGGAUGUUGGAAUAUUUACUGAGCAUGAGUGGAAUUUUAUCAUGUGCAAGUGUCUUGCUUCAAUGGAGAUUCUGCUAAAGGAUGCCGGAUCUCUAACGACCGGACCUUCGGCGGACACUUCUUCGAGCUUCGAGAUAGGUCGCUUGCCUAAAGCUGCGUGGCGGAUUCCUUCUCUUGCUCGAAUAAUCGUCUAUUCCAUGGCCCAAGAUGGCAUCUCAUCCCCCGCCUCAAGUGCUCCUACUCCAAUAUAUACACCUAUUACAUCUGGGGUUUGCACCCCCCAGGCUCCCCAGGACUCCGUAGGAGACUACGUUACGGGCUUCUUCCACCGUUGGAAUCCUACGCAAAAAACCUACCUUGCAGGUUCCAAAGCACUUGAUUCCCUCGCUCGUCUGGUCGCGUCUACCGAGCACUUCUUUCAUCCGACAAACUCUGGUUCCUGGACUUCGGAUCUUACUGCGUUCUUAAAGUAUCUCGUCUAUGAAUUCAACAAAAGGUGGCACGAAGAACAGCAGGAGGACUGUAAAACACCCCCAAAUCGCCGCCUGACGCGUGAAAUGAGGCGCGAGCUCGUGAAGAGCAUUCGCACGGUCGUUUUGCUUGCCAUGUUCUCUCAAGACUCUACGACAGUUUCUAAUGUUCAGAGUUGCUUGAAAUCCAUGUCUACCAUGGAGCCGAACCUCAUAUUCCAACCCAUUGUUGAACGGGCCAUACCAUCGUUAGAGGCUUUGGUCGAGACCCAGCGGACGUUGUCGGUUAUCAAAGCGCUCAGUGCCAUAGCACCUGCCAUUCACUCGCGGGAGAUCUACUACUCUGGAGCUAAGCAUCUCAUCACUAUACUACAGCUACUUAUUCCUGGAAUCGACCUGAACGACCCAACGAAGACAAUGUGCACGACUGCAUUUUUAUCUGAAGUGUCGCAGUAUGUCAUGUUCCACGACGUCACGUCUUUGGAGAACGACGUCGGAGAUAUCGACGUUCCCGAUGCAUCAGGGAUCACUAUAAGAGAAGACAGUGGUGACACGAAUGACGUCAACGAGCUAUCCCCUGCAGAAGAGGACGCUUUGCUCAGGGACACGACUGGAAGCUUUGCUAUUUGGAUCGCUAGCUUCAUUAGGCGGGUAAUCCAACUACUCGAAAAUCUCCCUGACGAAGGCGCUAAUGGCACUGCGGGCGGUGCAUCUGAAGUCCAGCUUGUUGAUGCAGUCACGGGGGCUUGCAGUCAAAUAUGUGUUCACUUGUCGAACUCCUUAUUUGACCUUGUCCUGAACAUGAUAUUCGAUUACGCCACCACAAACGUUCGGUCUAAUGCUGUCCGAGCGAUCCAUCAGCUCGUAGAGUGUGUUGCCAAUGCCAAUCCAGAGAAGACCCUGGCCAAGUUCUUCCCGUUUUGCGAGGCAUCAAUUCGCGCCGAAAUAGAGCAUGGUGCCAGUUCUGUUCGAACGACUUCGAGUUCUACCCCGCUUCCAUCUGACGCUACAUUACAUUGGAGUCUCGCCAUCCUUCGGGGUACUGUCUACAAUGAUGGCAAAGUGUUGUUAAAAUAUAAAGAACGGUUUCUCUCGCUAUUGAGGCUACUUCGAGAUAAAACGUUUUCAAAGCGUGGCUUUUCUUGGAGCGCGAAAUUACUAUCCAGCGCUUUAAUCACGCUCACUCAUACUUAUCCCACCGAAAAUAAAUUUGUGAAUCCCGACGUAUGGGACGAUCCUGAGUUCCAACGGAAACAUUAUCUUCACUGGGGAAAACUUUACAAGCCAGAAGAUGUGAAGAUUACAUGGCACGUCCCAAAUGAGGAAGAAAUCGACCUUGCAUUGCAGAUAUUCAGCGAGUUGGUCGAGCCUUGUUUGGAAAAACUCAAUCAACUUCUCAGUGCAGAAAUACGCGAUGCUGUUUGGCGAAAUGAUUUCUGUCGAUGUCUGUGUUUUGUGCGGCAAGCCUUCUCAGGAAUACCCACCCUAUACAAAGAAUACAUCUCUCCUGAAGUCCGAAGGGCAAUGUUCGACACCAGCGACAUUCUCGAUGAAAUACCGGAGAUGAUUGCAUCAGUCGACUCUCUGAAUUCUGGGUUUUGUCUUACAGAUCCUACGGACGAGCGUUAUCAAUACAUAACCGCCCUUAAACGCCAAUUUGGGGAGUUCCUGCAUCAAGCGUCUCUGGCAUUGCGAGACCAGUGGGAAGAGAAUACGGUGGAUGCUGUUCAAAUGCUGAUUUCUUCAAUUCGUGUCUAUUUGUUGGAGUAUGGUGACAGUCGGGAUGGUUACUACGUUAACGCAGAGCAGUAUUCGUCGGAAAUCAGCGUUGCUCGUUAUUACGCGGGUCAGAAAGUAUGGCCUCGUUCCGUUCUCGUGCGCCGGGCGCGGCUCUACCAUACAACUCGGCUUCACUGGAAUUCUAUCGAGCGUGCACGAGGACCACUUGAAGACUGUUUGCUCGAUGACGUGGUGGAGUGGUGUAUGUGGCACUAUCCCACCGUGCGACAGUCCAGCCAAGCACUUCUCGAAUCAUUGACUUCGGUGUACGAUGGACUGAGAGUUCGUGCACUUCCGAAACUGUACGAGGCGUUGCAGCCCGGCACAGAAGACGACCGUAUGAAGGGAGCGCUGUGGACGUUGAACAUCGCUGCUGUCGGCCGUUUCGCAAUAUCGGGUAUAGUGGAGUGGUUUUUGGAAUGGAUCACCGCUAACACGACUCUUUUAGAGCCGACGCUAGCAACCCAAUUUAUCAUUACCCUUCUUGGCUGUCACCACAAUGAGAAGCCAUCAAUACAAAACUGCGUUGCAAGUGUAGCUGACAAUACCGCUUCUCGUUUGUUAGAACCCUGCCACCUUGUAUUCCAAGUCGAAAACGCAGCGCUUGCCGAUGCAAAUCAGAAGUUGAAUGAGUGCGUGGGUCAGGGCCUCCUUGAAGAUCCAAUAGUCGCCAAGGCCAGAGCGAAACGUGUCGAACGUGUCAGCCGCAUCGACAGUGCCACAAACGAAACGAUCAGUGCAGUGCUGAAAGUGGCUAGCGAUGCAGACACCCAUUGGCGUUACGCAAUUGCAGCCACCCGUGCAUUGCGGUCGCUCAUCAGAAGCGAUCUGCCCAUAGCGCGUGACCAUCUUCAGUUCUUCCUCGAGAAACUAUAUGAUAGUAAUCCAAGCAUGCGUUACUAUGCGCAACGUGCGGUCAUGAAGGCGCUUCGAUACAUCAAGCUCAGAACAUACUGUCCGGAUCCUGCUUCCCUUGCCCUGACCAACCCCUCUACCCCACUCAAGGUCGAAUGGCCCGUCAGUGAUUGCAAAGCCAGUACGCAAGAAAUUUUCGACGCUUAUUUCGCAGGAAAGCCAGUCACACCUUCUGAACACCUUUCCCCACAAAGCCUUUACUUUGAUGAUAUGCUCGAAGGGUGGCUCGCCUGCCGUAAGACUCGUACAGCCUAUCGACCACCGCAUCGCCUCGCACCAACUUUCCAGUGGGAACAUGAAAGCAAAGAUGCAAUAGCCUGUGUGCGCGAGAUGGCAUUAAAUGCAGACUUCUGGACCAAGGUUUCUGGCUACUACGCGGAGGAAACUCAGGAGAGUGUAGUUGUACAAGACCAUAUCUCCUGCAUCAAGUCUAUAUUCCAACUUCUAGGAAGUGAAAUCUGUGACAUCAUGAAACCGAAAGUGGAAGAACUGUUGGUUGAUCCAGACAAGAACAAGCAACGUGCGGCUGCAGAAUUGCUAGCAGGCGUACUCAAUGGUUCAAAACACUGGAGUCUGGAGGAACAAGAGCGCGUUUGGGACUGGGCCAAACCUCUCGUGUAUAAGACGCUCAACCAAACCAUGAAGACUGAGAACGUUGGAAUCUGGUCAACAUUCUUAGAUUACAUGUUCCACCGCAAGGACCCUCGACGCGUUAUCCCGCUUGUGAACCAUGUGAUGGAUCUGCUUGGCCGAAUAGAUCUCAACGGUCAGUUAGCAAUCGACUCCGUGAAAGUCUUGUCGCUGUUCCGUGCAUUCUACACCGGCAUGGGAUGGAAGUUCGUGCCCUGGACGGACGCCAUCUUAGAACGCCUCUGGCCGGAAGUGUAUAGUGAACAUGAUGAUGUACGGGCCUACGUUGCCGAACUUUUAUCUGUGUGCGGAGGCAUAAAGUGGGAUCCUCGACCUUCGUCACCCGACGUCGAAACUUUUGUUAAAGAGUGCCGGACACUUCCUUUGGACCACGAUAUUAUGGGUAUACGCGGCACAUACCAUACCCAACGGGUAGCAGAGUUGGUCGAGAACUUGAAGAAGUGGCGUGAAGAGCGUCUGCCAGGUGUGCGUGCUUUCCAGUCAACAUAUGAUAGGGUGGGGGUAACAGUUUGUCGGUGGUUAUACCAAUCUCUACACGACACAGAAGCAAUGUCAGCCUUUGACUAUAUACUCCCGCUGCUUCCUGAAAUUUUCCGUUUCACCGAAAUCAGUGACAACGAGGAAUUGGCUCGGCGAGCCAGCGUCCUACUCUUUCGCAUGUGUGGCGUUAUUCCACCGCGCCCAUUGAUUUCACCGCUUCUAGAUGCCAUAUUCGCCGCCAUACAGAAUUCGCCAUCCUGGAAAGUGCGAUUGAAAGCGUUGCCUACUCUGCAAGUUUUGUACUUCCGGCAAUUGCCCCUCAUCAACGAAGAGAAGGUGGUCGAAAUUUUGGAUGUCUUGUGUAAAUGCCUCGAUGAUGACGUGGUUGAAGUACGGGAGAUGGCCGGAACGACACUCUCUGGAAUACUUAGGUUGUCCCCAAGACGUAGUGUCUUGAACUUGAGAGACCGAUUCGUAAAACUGGCGAGCAAGAGCUGUUUGCCUAACCGCGAAUCGCUGGAAUAUAACCCUUCUCUACGACAACGCCAUGCGGCUAUUAUCGGUAUAUGCGCUCUGGUUGACAGUUUUCCGUACACUAUUGAGAAGUGGAUGCCGGAACUUUUGACGACUGUGAUGUUAGAGCAUGCGCAUGAUCCUAUCCCUAUCUCGACGACCAUUCACAGGUGCGCGAGUAAUUUUAGGAAGACCCACCAAGAUACUUGGCACGAGGACUCCCGCCGCUUCACCGAGGAUCAACUGGCUGCACUCUCAACUCUGUUGACUGGGUCGUCAUACUGCACGGUGCAACACUUGACAUGUCAAUUGAUUGGAUAUAAGAGGUUAUAA